CCCACCAUCACCAUCAUCAUUCCUCAAUUUACACCUCAAAAUCUGAUAAAAACCAAAAUUUCACGUCUUUGGUUCCUGACGAAGGGAUUUAUCGUUCCCCAGGUGAGCUGGACUCGUCAUAAGGUCCUCCAGGACCCCCAUCUUCCAGUCUGAAUGUCCACCUGAAGCUGGAGAAGCCCCCACCCCCCUCCAUCAUCUGAUUCUCCCAUCAAUGGCGUCCUAACCUCAAAUGUCUCACGUGUCGCCAACGUGAGUCCCCAACGUGCACCGUACCCUCUAUUGUCGCCAAAAACCCUUCAAAAAUGUAAACUAACGUUCAAUAAACAAUAAACAAUAACAAUAUUACGUUUAAACCCUUUGUAAAGCCCUUUUGUCAUUAAAAAACGUGAUUUUUGGUCGUGAAAAAGUGAUUUUUCGUCGUGAAAAAGUGAGUUUUAGUCGUGAAAAAGUGAUUUUUGGUCCUAAAAAUCAGUGAAUUCCCCAAUAAUGGCAUCACGUGGUGCCCUACGGGACCAAGGGCCCAAGCACCUCUACCCCAAAAGCCUCAUCUUCUCAGUAUUCACAACAGAAGACAUAAAAAACCUGAGUGUCGUCAAGAUCUCAACUCCUUUGUCCUUCAACGUCCUGGGCCACCCCCUCAGAGGAGGCCUCUACGAUCCCUCCCUGGGGCCCUUGAACGAGCAUUCCGAUCCCUGUGGUACCUGCGGUGAAAACAUCUCCACCUGCACAGGACACUUUGGACACAUUGAACUCCCAGUGCUGACUGUGAAUCCUUUGUUCCACAAGAUCGUCUGCAGUCUCAUGAAAUUGUCCUGUCUCCACUGCUACAAAAUCCAAAUCCCAGGGUACGUCAAGCUAAUUCUGUCAGCAAAGCUCAAGCUCAUCAACGAUGGUUUCUACACUGACCUUGAGGAGCUGGAUGGAGAGGUGUCAUCGAUGAUGUUGGACCCUGGACUGGGUCAGGAGGCGCAGACAGAGCUGGCACGUGAAAUUAUCGACGAAUUCAUCACAAAAUUGUACGAAAAAAGGAGAUUCAGGGGUCAAAUGUGUCAGGAUGAUGUCCAGGUGACCACGAAGAACGUCAAUACCCUGUGGCAGACCCAUGUGGAGGCUGUGGUGAAGAUGCACAAGACUGGAAAGGUCUGUCUCUACUGUAAAUUACCUAUUUCCAAGAUGUCGGUGUUCAAGGACAGGAUUAUGCUGUCCAAGUCUGGUGGGUAUGAUGAGGAGCACAGGGGAAUUGCCCAGAAGACGUCGAGUGUCCUGGUGAUGCCGGAUCAGUCGAGAAAGUACAUCAGACGAAUUUGGGAGAACGACAAAGACAUUUUGAAGGUGAUGGUGCCCUGUCUGGAUCAUUUGAACAUUGAAUACCCAGUUGAUGUCUUCUACUUCGAAGUGAUAGCUGUCCUACCCCCAAUUGUCCGCCCCGUCAACUUCCUCGAUGGACAAUUGAUCGAACAUCCCCAGACACAAGUCUACAAACACAUAAUGCAGGACUGUCUUGUCCUCAGAAAUAUCAUCCAAACAAUUCAAGAUGGCGACACCAGCCAACUCCCUGAAGAGGGUAAACUUGUGUUUGAGACUAUUAGGGGUGCAACACCCCUGGAGAAGCUCCACAACGCUUGGUCAGGGCUUCAGGGGAAUGUUGAUCAUCUGAUGGACAGGGACAUGACAAAAACAGCUGAAUCAAUGGUGUGUCAGGGAUUGAAGCAGAUUAUUGAGAAGAAAGAGGGUGCAAUCAGGAUGCACAUGAUGGGAAAACGUGUUAAUUAUGCUGCUAGGUCAGUGAUAACACCAGAUCCUAACCUCAAUAUUGAUGAGAUUGGAAUACCUGAGGCUUUUGCCCUGAAAUUAACGUAUCCAGUGCCUGUGACGCCCUGGAAUGUUGCGGAGAUGAGGGAGUUGGUGAUGAAUGGACCUGAUCAGCAUCCGGGGGCGGUGAAGAUCGAGGGGGAGGAUGGAUUCGUCAGGAGGAUCAAUCCUAAUGACAGAACUAGCAGGGAAGCUAUUGCUAAGAGGCUUUUGACUGAGGGACAUAAGAACGAAAAAUCGGUUCAGGGGAUUAAAAUUGUUCAUAGACAUCUUCAGAAUGGUGAUGUGCUGCUGCUGAAUCGUCAACCGACGCUUCAUAAGCCCUCGAUCAUGGCCCACAAGGCCAGGAUCCUCAAAGGUGAAAAAACCCUUCGACUUCACUAUUCCAACUGCAAAGCCUACAACGCUGACUUCGAUGGAGACGAGAUGAACGUUCAUUUCCCCCAGAAUGAGGUAUCCAGAUCCGAGGGUUAUCACAUCGCCAAUGUCCCCAAUCAGUACCUCGUCCCAAAAGAUGGCACCCCACUGGGAGGUCUCAUUCAGGAUCACGUUAUCUCUGGAGUACGAUUGACAGUUAGAGGUAAAUUCCUUACGAAAGACGACUACAUGCAGCUGGUUUAUGCUGGCCUGUAUGACCACCAGGGGGACAUUCAGAUCCUCCCCCCGACCAUCAUCAAACCCAUCCAGUUGUGGUCGGGUAAGCAGGUGGUGUCCACCAUCAUCAUCAACAGCAUUCCUCGAGGUAAAGCCAGAAUUAAUCUGAAAGCUGGGGCCAAGAUAUCAGCAAAGUCCUGGGAGCAGCAGACCCCCAGGAAGUGGAUCCAUGGAAGAGAGUUCUUGGAUCCCCUGAUGAUGUCCGAGGCAGAUGUCGUCAUCAGAAAUGGUGAACUACUGUCUGGUGUUCUUGAUAAAACUCAUUACGGUGCUACUCCUUAUGGAUUAAUUCAUUGUAUGUACGAACUCUACGGUGGAUUGUGCUCGUCCAAGGUCCUCAGUGCUCUUGGAAAGGUCUUCCAGACUCAUCUCCAAGGAUGUGGCUUCACCCUCGGGAUCGAGGACAUCCUCGUCCUUCCAGAGAGCGACGAAAAACGUCGGAAAAUCAUUGAAAAGUCCAGGAAAAUUGGUGAUGACGUUCAGAAAGCUGCUCUAGAGCUUCCAGAUGAUGCAUCACGUGAUGUUGUCUUGAAGAAAAUGGAGGAGAGCCACUGGGGGAAUAAAAAAUUCAGGGGGUUGAUCGACAGGAAGUACAAGACGUCGUUGGAUCCAUUCACCAAUGAAAUCAAUAAAGUUUGUUUACCUCAGGGGUUGAGGAAGAAAUUUCCUGAUAAUAACCUACAAUUGAUGGUGACAUCUGGAGCCAAAGGGUCCACCGUCAACACCAUGCAGAUCUCUUGUCUUCUGGGACAGAUUGAACUUGAAGGGAAGAGGCCACCGUUGAUGAUAAGUGGAAAGUCACUUCCUAGUUUUCGUCCUUAUGAUUCGUCACCAAGAGCUGGGGGAUUCAUUGAUGGCAGGUUUAUGACUGGAAUCCAACCACAGGAGUUUUUUUUUCAUUGUAUGGCUGGUCGUGAGGGGCUGAUUGAUACUGCGGUGAAGACAAGCAGAUCUGGGUACCUUCAGAGAUGUCUUAUCAAGCAUCUUGAGGGUCUGACUGUUGGGUAUGAUUCAACUGUGAGAGAUUCUGAUGGAAGUCUUGUUCAGAUGGCUUAUGGUGAGGAUGGACUUGAUGUGGCGAAUUCGAGGUUCUUGAGGAAGGAGCAGAUGGAGUUUUUGGUGGAGAAUAGGGGGGCCAUUGUUGAUGAGGUUAUGGUGGAUGGGCUGAAGGGGGAGAGUGAGUGGGGGAGUGUUGUGAAGGUGGGGAAGAGGGUGAGAAAGGGGCGGAGGAGGUGUGGGGGUGGGAAGGGGGUGAGGGAGAGUGGAUUUACGAUUUUUACGAGGGAGAAGGGGAGGGUGAGGACAAAGGGAAGUGUUGUUGAUGGGAGUGUGGGGAGGAGUAAGGGGGCGUUGUCGUUGGUGAGGAAGUGGAGUCGAGCUGGGGAGGAGGUGAGGAAGAUGUAUGAGGAGCGUGUUGUGAGAUGUCCGGACCCUCUAACCUCAAAAUACCGUCAGGACAUUCACUUUGGAGUCCUCACCGAGCACCUGGAGGACCUCAUCGACGAUUACCUCCUCACCCCCAGACCCUACGCCCCAAAAAUCACCAGAAAUCAACUCCACGACAUUCUCUCCUGCAAAUUAAUGAAGACCCUUUGUCCACCUGGUGAAGCUGUUGGUCUCCUCGCAGCUCAAUCAAUCGGUGAACCCUCCACCCAGAUGACCCUCAACACAUUUCACUUCGCUGGUCGUGGUGAGAUGAACGUAACCCUGGGAAUUCCUCGACUCCGAGAAAUUCUCAUGAUGGCGUCCAAGAACAUCAAGACACCCAGUAUGGAGAUACCCUUCAGAACAGACUUGAGGAAUCCCACGAGACAGGCCAACAAAUUAAAAUUAAAAUUAACGAAAUGUGUUUUGUCUGAUGUCGUGAGGUUCAUGAAAAUCGAGAGGAAGAUGUCGACGUGUCCUAGACAGCUCCAGUACACAUUGACAAUUCAAUAUCUACCUCAUAAGAAUUACAAACACGAGUUUAAUGUGACGUCUAGGCAGGUGGUGGAGAAGACAGAGAUAAGUUUCUUCAAGCUGAUGUUCAAGGAAAUAAAAAAAUUGGCGAAGGUUUCAGGUGCUCUGCUGCAUGUUGAAGAGGACAAGAGGAAUCCAGCGCAGGAGGAUUCGUUGAUUGAUGAGGCUGAUGAUGGACAGGUCACCAGGAAGAUGAGCCAGUACUUUGGGGAAGAGCAUGAAUCAUCAGAUGAGGACAUAUCACCUGAAGAUGAGGAUGCUACUGCUGCCAGGAGCAAAGCUAGACACCAGGAGAAUCAGGAAUACGAUGAUCCUGAUGACGAUGACCUCCCUGAUGAUGAUGAUGAUGAUGAGGAACGUCCUGAGGGGUCUGAGGACGUGGUAAACGAUGAUGUGAAUGAGGAAAUUGAUUUUACUGAUCGAGAAGCUGCUGAUCAACGUAAAUUCGAUGUUGUCAGCAUGUACAGCUAUGGUCUGGAGUACGAUUUUGAUGUGGAGAGCUACUCCUGGUGUAGAUUCAAGUUCUGGCUGCCUCUGAAGAUGAUCAAGAUCGAUCUGCCCACGAUAUUGAAGACUGUCGCGGGAAAAGUUGUACUCUGGGAGACGCCUGACAUCAGGAAAGCUUUUACGUUCAGUAAUUCUGAGGGUGAGACUGUCCUGAAGACUGAUGGCAUCAACAUAGUGGAGAUGUUCAAGUAUGACAAGGUCUUGGAUAUCAGGAGAUUGUACUCGAAUGAUAUCUGGGGGAUUUCACAGACUUAUGGGAUUGAGGCGGCGAAUAGGGUGAUUGUUAAGGAGGUGAAGGAUGUGUUCAAGAUGUAUGGGAUUAAUGUUGACUCGAGGCAUUUGUCGUUGAUCGCUGAUUAUAUGACUUUUGAUGGGAGUUUUCAACCGAUGAGCAGGAAGGGAAUGGAAAACUCGGCGUCACCGUUGCAGCAGAUGAGCUUUGAGAGUUCGUUGAUGUUUUUGAAGAAUGCUACGUUGAGAGGUAAACAAGAUGACUUGACAUCACCCUCGAGUCGGCUGAUGCUCGGCCAACCCUGCAAAACCGGCACUGGUGCCUUUGACGUCUUCCUGAACAUGUCAUCAGCCAUAAAAUCAGUGAAAUCGUCAUAUUAAUACGCCAUCUUUGAUUUAUUUGUAAUAAUUGUACAGUUUCCCUCAUAUUUUAUAUAUUUCCCACCAAUAAUAAUAAACAAUAGUUGAUAAACAAUUGUGUUUAUUUAUUAACCUGAUUGUUUGUGUAUAUUUCACAUGGCAAAGUACAUAAAAUCCAUUUUGUUACAGUAAAAUGGUAAAAUAUUCAGAAUUAAAUUGUUCUACUGCUCGAAUUCCAUUUUCUAGUGUUUGUUAAUCGUGAAAAUAUUAAAAACAAUUUGUUGUUCACAUAAACACGACAAUAAACAAUAUGUUCACAACGUGGGAACAAUAAUGCAGUUUACGAUGCGAUUAAACUAUUAAUUUUGUCUUUUUUUUUCGUUAAUUGUGAACGAUUUUUAAGCUUUUCAAUUUUAUUAUUAUUAUUAUAAGGCAUAGUUUAUUUAUAUUGCGAUGUGGCCUAGUUCUGAUGCGCCUGGAUACCUUCCUGGAUUUUUUGAAGACUAGCACCCGAGAACUGGUGGACCUGGAGUAAUAAAUAAUUGAUUAAACAAAAUAAAUAAUGAAUUAACG